AUUAGCAAUUUUAUCAAAGGGCCGAAGGAUACGAGCAAAUAAAACCUACUUCCCACUUCUAUAUAUUCAUUCACCGCCGUUACUCCUCCACCAACGCAUUUCUCAGGGAUAGUGUGUAUCGGCGUUGUGCUUAAUCAGUGCACUUUGCUCGAAAGAGUUCCCAUGCGAUACUAAUUUGACAAGGAGAAGGUGGGCAGUUGUGUUCCAAUUAUCUCCAUUGGAAUCUUCAACAAUCAUUUUCUCCACAUUUUAUCUACUUUUUUCUAGUUUUCUUUCAAGAUUAUUAACAUUUACAUCGGAAAAUCAUGUAAUGAUUUUAUUGUUUUUAACUAGUUGCUUAGUUUUUCAAAUAUUUUUAUGGCAAUAUCAUGUUUCCUUAUCCCAAAACACUUAAACUUUUUUAUUAGAGUUUUGAUUUAAACUUUGAAUCAUUCACGGUCUCUGAAAUCAAUAUUUUGUUAGAUUUUUUUAGAGUGACUUUAAUGCAACAUGGAUGCUAUCUUUUUUUUUAUAUAUAUAGAAAAUGUUUUAUGUUUUUCUUUAAAAAGUUGAAAAUUAUCGAAAUAGCCAUAAAUUUCAAAUGCUUUAUCGAAAAUUUUCAAACUUUUACAAAAAUCUAUGUGGCCAUCAAAAAACAAGUAUUUUCGAACUUUAGAUUUUUAUAACUUUUUCAUACAAAGGACUGAGUUUUAUUUUUCCUUGUAUUUUUUAUAACAAAGUUUAUCAAUUGAUAUAACAUACUUCUAAUUUGGAGUUUGGAAAAUUAUAAUCUUUAGGUCCAAAGUAGGAUUGCUGGUGAAAAUAUGAGAAAAAAAACUCAACUUUCAACAUUUUUAUGAAGAAAAAGACUCGACUUUUGUAAUUCUUUAUAACAAUAUUUAUCCAUGAACAUUUCGGGGGUGUUUCGUAAUGUCUACAUUAGCACGCCUUGACUUAUUAACUCAAAAUAAGUAUCAUUGCCAAUUUCGAAAAUAAAGAAAAUUAAAAUGAAAUCAUAGAACCGGUAACCAGGUUUUGAAUGUGAAAACUAUUGGAGAUGAAAUUUUAAGUGACAAUAGGGGUGAUAACUUCGUGGGAGUGCUGGUUCGGUAAUGACGGUAAAGAGAAGUAAGACAUAAGUAUACUUAUGCUUGUGGCAUGUUUGACCUAAUAAAUGCUUUUUAAGGAGAUUUUAUGUAGAAACAAAACACACAACGAAACAUAUUUAAUGUGUUAAAAGGCAGAAAUCAAAGUCGCAUAGAAGCAUGUUUUUUAGGACUUAAACGUAGGGGUGCGUCUCCUUGUUCAAUGUGUUAGGACUUAAACGUUGGGGUGCGGCUCUUUGUUCAAUUCUUAGACCAACCGGUGUACUUAGCACGAAGACGUCCGUGGUCUAGUUGGCCACGAACCACGGACGUGCACACCGUCCCGGUGAUUCAUGGUCGACCGUGGUCGUUGCAAGUUGUGGUCGGGACAACGAAUUGAAACGAGGAUUGCUAUUGGUUGUUUCUUUUUGAGCCGUUGAACGGCUAUUUUGGCCGUUUUUUUUUUUUUUUCAAACUCAAUUAUAAAAACUCAAUACCAAAACACAUACACAUACAUACACAUUCUACACUCAAUUACACCUAUGGAUCCCUCGAUAAAUAUGGAAUUUUUAAAAAGUUUUGAUUCAGAUGACUACGUAGAAUUCGUCGAGACAUUCUUCAAUGUUGUGCAACACGUUUACGCCGAAGAAAGUUCGAAUGCAGCGCGUACAAGGGCGGUCGUCAAUCGUGAUCGCCAAGCCGCACACGACUUAUUGGUACGUGAUUACUUUGCCGAUAAUUAUCUUUAUAAUGACGACUCAUUCGAACGUCGUUUUCGUCUGAAUAAGGCUAUAUUUUUACGUAUUAGUAAUGCUUUAGAAUCUCGUUAUGAUUUUUUCAAACAAAAACCCGACGCUAGAGGAAGAAUGGGUUUUAGUAGUAUACAAAAAUGUGCGGCUGCUCUUAGGUAUUUGGGAUACGGUAUAACAUUUGAUGUAUCUGACGAAUACUUGAAAAUAUCCGAGAGGACCGCGGUUGAAUGUGUAGAUUGGUUUUCUGCAUGUGUUUAUGAGGUUUUUCACGAAGAAUAUUUGCGUAAACCUACUCAACGUGAUAUUGAGAGAUUAUAUUCGGCUCAUGAAGAGAGGCAUGGAUUUCCCGGUAUGCUUGCCAGUCUAGAUUGUACGCAUGUGGCUUGGGAAAAAUGUCCAACUGCAUGGCGUGGUCAGUUCACUCGAGGAGAUAUAAGUGAACCAACUAUCAUCCUAGAAGCUGUUGCAUCUCAAGAUUUGUGGAUAUGGCAUGCCUUUUUUGGAGUAGCGGGGUCUAACAACGACCUUAAUGUUCUUGGUCAGUCUCCACUUUUCAACGAUAUUUGGACCGGCAAAGCACCUGAUAUGACGUUCACGGUAAACGUGCACGCGUACAAAUAUGGUUACUACCUUGGUGAUGGGAUAUACCCGGAUUAUUCUACAUUGAUGAAGGCAUACUCAGUUCCUCGAAGUGAAAAAGCAAAAUUGUUUACAAAAAAACAGGAAUCAGCGAGAAAGGAUAUCGAGAGGGCAUUUGGAGUCCUUAAGCAAACAUGGCAUGUAGUGAAAUAUGCUACACGACUUUGGGAUAAAGAAAGAAUUAAGCGAAUGGCCCUGGCAUGUAUUAUAAUGCAUAAUAUGAUUAUUGAAGAUGAAGGUCGAGCGAUUUGCACGUAUGAUCCGAACGACGUUGUCGUUCCAAUUGAGGAGUUCGUACCCGGAACGAAUGCUUUUUUGGAGCGAGUUGUCGAAAUUCAUAACAGUGAAACGUGUUUCAAUCUUCAAGAAGAUGUCGCGGAACAUUUGUACCAACAUAGCAUGAACGACGAUUAAGAUUUUUAUAUGUAUGUUUGUUCGUUUUCUUAUUAAUGUAAUGUUUGUUUUCUA